CAAUGUUUUCAUAAUUAUUUUAAUGGACCUCUAUAAUUAACGAUACAUUACGAUAUUUUAUUCAAAAGUAUAACAAAUGAACACGUUUUCUGAAUUAGUAGUUUGCGUCAAAUUUGUGAAGUGAAAUGUAAAUACGCCUCCAAGAAAUAUGGCCAAACCUGAAUAUUUAUCGAAAGAUAUUUUAGAUGAGGAGUAUAUGAAAUCCUUUGAGCCUUUCCAUCAUCUCCAAAUGGCAUUAGGGUCGUGUCGUAUAAAUAUUCAAAACAGAUUUGUUAGCUCACCGACUGCCGCGCAAAAGAUUUUCUCUAUAUGUUGUGUUCUCAUCACAUUAUUACUAUACAUAUAUUCCAUGAAUACAUACUUUAAUCGAUACUACGAUUUCGAGGGUAUCUACGUCACAAGUAUCAUUAGUGUUGUCAUGUAUUAUUUAACUUUUUUCUUUAACAUAAUUCAUUUAAGAUUUAUGAAUUGCAAAAGCAACACAAGAUUUUACAUUCAACUACAAGAAAUCGACCGUCUCAUGAACGUCAACAAAAAUGAGAAGUUAAACAGAGUUUUGUAUCUGAAUAACUUGGCAUCGGCGGGAGUUUCAGUACUUAUAUUACUGAUGGCAUUUUGUUUAACAAUGUAUGAGAAUAUACAGUUUUUUCUGGGAUUUAUUGGACUUCUAUACAGUGUUUUAGUAUGCACUGUAGAAUGGCUGUACUGUGCAGACUUAAUGGUGUAUUUCUUUUUAAGAAUACGGUUUAUUAAUGCAAUUAUUGUAAAUCAUCUUCAGGGUACAGUCGGUCCUUUUGAAUACAGGGCUAUUAAUUUACCUACAUUUUACUUUAUACGUUGUUUAGCCUCUGAAACACAUGAUUUUCAGACGAAUUGUGUUGACUUGUACCUUAAAGCUCUAUUUGAAGGAUUUACAUCAUUUCAAAACCAUUACAGAUUUCAAAUGCUUUUAUUUUGUAACCAAUUCGUACUACUCUCUUUGCUGACAUUUGGAAUAGGAUUGGGAGCAUUUCAAUAUAAUGUAAGUGAAUUAUAUUUACAAAGCACUAUAAAGUCGCCAGGCAAUAAAAUUACCAAGAAGGAGAAAAAUAUUAAUUGCACUUCGCUGGUCGGAAUUAAUAAACUUGCCAACAAUUUUAAUUUGUAAUACACUACUGGCUAUAUUCCUUUGCAUUCGUUGCGAAGUUCUUUAUCGUGAAACGAAAAAGACGAAACGCUUAUGUAUUACAAUGAUGUCUCGAUAUUGUGAUGGGCCUUUAAGAGAAAAAGCUAAAAGGAUCUUAAAAAUCAUUGAACAACAACCGGUCAAAUUCAACGUGUACAACAUGUGGUCCAUGAAUGCAUUGACAGUAAUUAGAAUACUUAAUAUCGUUACUACAAUGAUGGUGGU